UAGCAAUAAAAUAUAAUUCCAUGGUUGACAAAUGGAACAAAAAUCUCCCUAACACCCAUAGAAAAAUGUGACACCAAUUAAGUUUCUCUUUUCCCUACCCCAAACCCCAACAAAAGAAGAGACUUUUAUUUUGUGCAACAGCUGAUGAUCAUCAUCAUCCAUAGAAGAUCUUGAAGGCAGACACAUACUUCUUUUAUAUGGGUUUGUUCUUGCAUCAACAAUAAUCAUGACAAGUGAUUCCAUUGAUCUGAAUGAAGAAGUUGGUGAUCAAGAAGGCAUUGAAGUUAUUAUUAGUGAUGAAAGUCAUGAGAAAAUUAUAGAUGAAAAUAAUAAUAAUAAUAAUAAUAGUACUAGUUGCGGGGAUUAUGAAAAUAAUAAAAGAGUUAGACAAUAUGUUAGAUCAAAAUUGCCAAGGCUAAGAUGGACUCCUGAACUUCAUCUCUCUUUUGUUAGUGCAAUUGAUAGACUUGGUGGUCAAGAAAGAGCAACUCCCAAAUUGGUUCUUCAAAUGAUGAAUGUGAGAGGACUUAGCAUUGCCCAUGUAAAAAGUCACCUCCAGAUGUAUCGAAGCAAGAAACUUGGAGAAUUUGGACAAGUACUAGGCCAUGCUUAUAGGACAAAUAAUCAAGGAAGAAGUUAUCUCUAUGGAAAAUUAAGCCAAAGAUUAUUUAAUCCUCUUCAAGACUUCAAAAUGAAGAAUGGUGCAAUUGUUUUAGCAAGGAAUUUUAAUGAUGAUGAUAACCAUUUCCAAAAUUCAUUUGCAAAAACUCCAUAUGAGACAAAGGAAAAAUUUCCCAGAUACUUGGAAAAUCAUGAAAUUUGUCCUGUUAGGCAAAGACAUUUUCAUGAAGAAAAAAGGUGGCCUCCAUGUGAAUUUAAUCAAAAUAAAUUAAAUUCACAAUCUUUGUUUCAUCAAAAUGGACCAAAAUGGAGUUGCACAUAUAACAGCCUUGGUCCAAAAUUUAAGACCCCUUUUAGAUUUGAGAUGAAACAAGACAAGAUGUUCAUUAAAGAAAAAGAUUAUUUGCUGCCUGAUUUACAAUUGGGAUUGAGCACAACUAAUCAAGACAAUAAUAAUAGUAAGGAGAAAAACUCAUCAGAUAUAAACACUAUGCUCUCUCUUUCUUUGCCUUCUUAUUCAUCAAGUGCAACCUAAGAGAUGGCGCUAUGAUGUGCUGACAAAUGGAUGGAUUGAAUCGGAAAUGAACAGUUUAGAAAAUAAGUUAUUGAAAAAUGUAUAAAAUAUCUUAUUCGCUCAUUACAUUUGUUAUGAUGUUAUUGGCAUAUAUAGGAUCAACCUUGGUAGGAGGCUAGUACUUGAAAUCUCACUAUGUAUGCAUCUAUCAUAAAAAAUUGCAUUGGAGUGAGAUCUCCUAAGUACUUGCUUUUGUUAGUCGUUCAAACUGUGUUGCUUGAAUUCUUCGAAAAUAUCGUUUUAUAUGUAUCAGAGUCUACAACGUCA